AUGUUACCUGCGUUGAUGUAUAAUAUGGAAGGAUCAUCAAAUUUGAACAAUAGUUCAAAUAACUUCUGUAGUGUUUACGAUGAAAAUAUAAUUUUAAAUAGUGUGCGGAAUCGGAAGAAAGUGUCUGAACAGCCUAACUGUCCGGUGUGCAGUUGUACAAUCCGACAAGGGGAGCUAGAGGCCCACCUUGCUUUGGAAGUAGAGAGACUGCAGAAACUAUCUAGUGGUUCUAAACGAAAACUUAGUGUAAAUAGCCCUUUAUCUACUACAAACAUAGCAAUACCUGGAUCUAGUUCGUCUGUAGAUCUUCAAAGUGAUCAAGAUAUUGAUGUGUCUGGUUGUCCGGGGAGUGAUGUAUACCAUCGGAUACAUACGAACCGUUUGCGGCGAUUGCGAGCAAGGCGUCGUCUCACUCCACCCCCCCAGACGGGGGAGUGUCCUGUCUGCAACGCAUCGUUGCCUGUCUCGAGGCUUCAGAGGCACGCGCUGAGAUGUUUGAAGAGGACAGGAGCGGAAAUGGACGAUGAUGUACCUGACACGAGCUCCGAAGAAGGCAGCAUUGAUGUGGGGAAUGAUGAGCCGUCGGGUGGCAGUUUCGGGGCGGAGUACCAGUGGUGUGGGGAGUGGAGGGUCAGGGCUGCAGCGCUACAGGCGGCCGAAGGGAGAGUCGCCACAUGCGUUCGGAGGGCUUCAAAUGAUCAAGCUCUGGUGGUGGAUGGCGAUGAAGACACGGAGCUGUAUGGUCCUCCGCAAUAUUCACCGUCGAGGAUCGCACCAGAUGCAGAAAUACCUGUAGCAGAGGAUAGACACGAAGAAGAAAACUCUAGGAUUGACACAGAAACUCAUAACGAGCCUGAGAAGAUAUGCGAGCCAGCAAAGCCGAAUGGAUUGGUAGAAGCGAGUGCGGAGACAAGAAUACAAGCUCUCAAAGCGAAGAUAAAGGAAUUGGAGAGCAGGCAGAACUCUGCGGCUGAGGCAAAGUGUUUGAUAUGUCUCGGUCCGCACAUAUCCCCUGCGGUGUCGAUCCAGUGCUGGCAUGUUUACUGUGAGGUCUGCUGGCUUCAGUCUUUAAAAGCCAAGAAAAUAUGCCCCCAGUGCAACGCCAUCACAAGCGCACAUCAUUUGAGAAGAAUAUACAUGUAA